AUGACUAACCGUCAGUUUUUUGUCAAGAUUUCCCGAGAAAAUUUCCGACUUUCUUUUUUUUCAGACUCACUCAUUCUCGUCGCUCUUUCGCUCCUUCUCGCCACCACUUCUGGCUCCAUCGUGACGUCUUCGUCUCGCCACGUGGAUUCCAAUUCCGAACGAGUUUUCCACGUGUCGGAUGCUCCGACGCCUUCUGAAGGCAUUCUGAUGCUUCCGGCUCCAGAAGACGUUGUCGACGUGGCAUUUGAAGAUCCCAACUCGGAAGACGUCCUUCGGAUUGUCUACAUGCUCACGGCGCCGGGGCUCUAUGACAAUUUCUCGAUUCCGCUCGAGUUUUUUGUCGUUUUUGAGGACUCUGAAGAUUCUGAAGGCUUUGAAGAUUCUGAAGACGUCCCCGACAACUCGACGACCUUCCCGAACGUUCUGGAAGUUCCAGAAGUCCUUUUGAAAGAUUCCGAAGACGUCCACGACGUGAAAUCGCUGAAAAUCGCUGGAUUCAUUGCCCAAUGCAUUCUUUUCCUGGUCGCCUACUCGAUUUGCACUCUUGACAUUGAGGUAUUCACCUUUUUCACCCUUUUUUAUCCAUAAAACCUUUAAAAAAAUUUCAGAUGGAAACUAUGGAAAUACGCCGUCCGAUGCGUGUCUACCGCCUGCACAGAGCACGUGAAAUUCGGACGAUUCCACUGAUUUCCCGACAAAAUGUGGAGCUGAUUCGCCUGGAAGCCGAGUCGGAUUGCUGA